AACAGCCGGCGCGUCGCCAAUCCCCAGCUAUUUCUCAUCACGGAUUAUUCACCACAGCACGACGCAUCGUACGACAGCUGAAACUGUAUAAGAGGCAGCGCGGAGUCAUACAGUCACGAUGGACACACUUCUGCUAUCUUUAUCGCCAACAGUCACAUCAUUUUGCGAGCUUGCGCCAUCGGGCGGAACGACAAAGAGACGGAACCUGCCCGCACUCACUACUUGCCGCUUGCCGAACGCUAAAAUUAUUUAUCGAUAAACGUCAACAUUCGUGGGCGAGGGGUUGAGGCUCAACACUCAUCAGAGUCGAUUUCCUGCGCGCUGUUGUAGCCUGAAGGCCCUUCAGGCUGAGUCUUUGUUCCCAUUUGAAAUUCGCCCGACCUUGUUCGACGGAGAGAAGGUGCCACCAUGACACUUGCGGACCAUCCCAUUGAGACCCCGCCGCGGGCGCCGAGUCCAGUGCACAGAUUCGGCACGCUGGCGGUACAUGCGGGCAGUCCGCACGACCCGGUGACUGGCGCUGUGAUAGAGCCGAUCUCGCUCUCCACCACAUUUGCGCAAACCAGCGUAGGCAAGCCGGUGGGGCAGUACGAAUAUUCGCGGUCCUCAAAUCCAAACCGAGAUAACUUCGAGCGCGCAAUCGCGGCCCUCGAGCACGCCCGCUACGCCCUCGCAUUCAGCUCCGGCUCCGCAACCACCGCCAACAUCCUGCAGUCCCUCGCCGCCGGCUCGCACGUCGUCUCCGUCUCCGACGUCUACGGCGGCACGCACCGCUACUUCACGAAAGUCGCGCUCACGCACGACGUCAAGGUGACCUUUAGCCCCAGCAUCGAAAUCGACAUCGCCGAGCUCAUCCGCCCCGAGACGAAGCUGAUCUGGAUCGAGUCGCCGUCGAACCCGACGCUCACGCUGGUGGACAUUCGGAACGUGGCCACGAUUGCGCAUCAGCACGGCAUCCUGGUCGUGGUCGAUAACACGUUCCUCUCGCCGUAUGUGCAGAACCCGCUGGACCAUGGCGCGGACAUCGUGGUGCAUUCGGUGACCAAGUACAUCAACGGGCACUCGGACGUGGUCAUGGGCGCGGCGGCGUUCAACUCGCCGGAGCUCUUCGACCGCCUGUCGUUCCUGCAGAACGCGAUUGGCGCCGUGCCCUCGGCCUUCGACUGCUGGCUCGCCCACCGCGGACUCAAGACGCUGCACUUGCGCGCGCGCGAAGCGAGCAAGAACGCCACGGGCGUCGCGCACGCGCUGCAGGCCUCCUCACACGUCGUGUCCGUCAACUACCCGGGCCUUGCGUCACACCCGCAGCACGCCAUUACCCUGAAGCAGCACCGCGACGGCAUGGGCGGCGGCAUGCUGUCGUUCCGCAUCAAGGGCGGGCACGACGCGGCGGAGCGCUUCUGCCAGGCGACCAAGAUCUUCACGCUGGCCGAGUCGCUGGGCGGCGUGGAGUCGCUGGUCGAAGUCCCGAGCGCCAUGACGCACGGCGGCAUCCCGCGGGAGCAGCGCGAGGCCGCCGGCGUGUUCGACGACCUGGUGCGCGUGAGCUGCGGCAUCGAGGACGAGGCUGAUCUAGUGGCCGACGUGCUGCAGGCGCUGGAGAAGGCUAUCGUGGGCCCUAAGCUCCAUAAUGGGAACGGGCAUGUUUGAGUGCCCGUUCGAACGUUCGAAUGGAGUUGGCGCAUUCAGAGCAUCGCGCGCGGCGCAUUCAACAGCGGCCGAAUGAAUGAGGAGUUCAGGUGUCCCUGUUAGAACACCAUAGAUAUGUGUUUGUCAGCAUAUAUAUAUUCCCCAUGCACGGUAUUGGUGCCUUCAUUGCGCGGCCGAGCAGGCCACCUAUAGAUACCAAAUGCAUCCUCGUUGUCCUUUUGUUCAAAUAUGCAUUGGAGUUUGGAAGAGUUCCGGUAGUAGGAUGGCUACUGUGCAAUCACUUAUGAGCACAAAGCGCCGCGUUUCCUCCGGUCUGUGUGCAUCGAUAAAUUCCUAGAUUCCGUAGCUAGCUAGAUGUUGAUAAGAUGGU